CAAAUAUGCGUCGAGGACAUUUAACAAAGGCACAGUGUUGGAACGUAUCUGUUUUGUCGUGGCGGUGGAGAGGGCUGGGUCUGCUAUCUGCUGUUUUUACAGCAAGAUAUGGACCAGAAAAAGAGUCCUAGCAGUUUCAGAGCAAGUGUAAAUGGGAUAGGUCACAAGAGGGUGAAGCGGGCUAACAAGGAGGAGAAUAUGUGGGACUGCAGUGUGUGUACCUACAGAAAUUCCCCAGAGGCCUUCAAAUGCCUCAUGUGUGAUGUCCGCAAGGGUACAUCUACAAGAAAGCCUCGUUUGAAUGCUGAAUUAGUAGCAGCCCAAGUUGCACAAGUUGUUCCCCCUAAAGUCAAGAAACCUGAAAGAAAGGACAGGGAACGGAAGGGAGAGGGUCGAAAUCUACAAAAAGGCAGACCAAGGUUGAAGAAUGUUGAUAGAAGUACCGCACAGCACAAUGCCGUUACCGUUAACAAUGUCACCGUCAUCAUUACAGAGUUCCAACCCAAGCAACGUAAAACUUCUUCUGGAAAUAGUUCGGCAACAACAAAUGGUGACACUUCCCAAAUCAUGUCAUCCUCUGAAGCAGGAUCUAUCUCGGAUGCUUCAACAGACACGCGCAACGGUGACAUAACAACUGAAUCCCGGAGUUCGUAGGUCCAUGAAAUAUUUUCUUUAAUCAUUAAAAUUUCCAGUCAUGUUGUGAAUAAACUACUGUAAUGCUAUUGGCUCUUGUGAAUAUUACCAGUAUUGCAUGGAAAAUGUUGAAAAAGUAAAAUGUGGGUCUUUUGAAAAUCACAGCUGGUCCUUUGUUGGAUCUGUGAAUUUAGACCCGAGUGCUGACAAACACUUUGUGUGCUGUGUUGUGAAACUAGCAGACAUUAUUUAGAAAAAAGCUAGUGACUAUGUAGGAAGAAAGAGAGAGAGAGGGAGGGAGGGAGAAAGAAAGAAAAAGGACUUUCAGUACAUUGCAUUGAUUGCAAGCCAUUACUGGUAUGUGUGUACAGUUUGGUUAAUCCUAAAGGUACUAUUUAUGCACAUGGCAUAAUGACCAUUCAUGAUGUUACAGAGUUAAGACUGCCUUUGAUCAUUAUUGCCUUUGAAUAUAAAAUCCAGCAGGAAAUGAAACCUCUCGCAUGUUCAGUUCUAUGUAUCAUAAAUACUUAAACCAAAAGAGAAACUCUGUAGUUUGAUAUUCAUAUAAAGUAUAAUAAUAUCUGUCUUAUUCUUGGUAUGUUAUAGGACAGAUAGGUAAAUACAGAUUUUAUUGUCACUGUACAGUAUCUAGAAAAACUACAGUAACUCUUAGUCUGAAAUCUAUCGGCAUUAAAAAAUUAGCUAGAAUCAUGUUAUUAUUUCUGACAAGAUAUGAAACCAUUGUUAUGAUAAUGUACAAAUACAUCAUGUUGCCUUGUUAGCAUUGUCUAAAAAAAAGCCACUGAAUUUCCAGAGGUGCCACGUGUGUUUUACUGAGACACUUGCUUGGAUUAAUCUCGUGACCACCAUAUUUUUAUGCUUGGUGAGAAUUUUAACACCUUUGUAUUAAUUCUUGGUACAAUCAUGGUAAUGCCAAGAGAUUUCUUUACGGUUAGUAUUUGGGCUAUAAGUCCUUGAUGUAAAUUUGUAACAAAAAUGAAGUAGUGUAAUAUAGUGUGAGUGAGUGUGUUGUGAGAAGUGAAAGGUUUGAUACAUUUUGCUAAAAAUUAUGUAAAGUACCAUUCAGUGUCACUCAGAGUAGUAUAUUUAAUUGUGACAUGUUUUUUUAAGUGACUUCAGUUUUAUAAAUCAAUAUUGGGACUAUUUCUUUACUUACUUUUUGUAUAUGUUGGAAGAAAAUUUCACUGUAGAGAACAUGUUUUUUGCCAUAUGGUACUACUGUGGGAUGAAGUGGUACGGAGAGUGCCUGAAGGGCAGUGCCGGGCCUCCAGAUCAAAGGUGACCACUGCACAACUUGAUAAAUAAUGCUUGGCAAUUAGGCCCAUGGAAUGUAUCUGGCAUUUGAAGUUGGAAAUUACCACUGAUGUUUUCAUUGUCGGGCAUUGUUUAUUUCCCAGUAUACAAGUGCUACCAUUCUAUUUACUUGUUUGCAUUUUGUUCUAUUACAAAUAUUUUUGUUCUUUCUAAUAAAGUUCGUUUUCACUGACAUUAAUAAUAAUGUUUCUUCUUUUCAGUGCAGUAAUAGUAGUAUUUAAAUAUAUAUAGAAAGAAAUCUAUGACAUUAAAUAAAUUUUAUAAAGAAUGUUAAUGACAAAGGAUGUUGUUUGAAUAGUUCUUAAGAUCGAUUAAUUCGGUUAGAAUGUUUAAAAGUUGACAGUUUACCGAUGUCGUCCAUUUGAGCAAGACACUUUAGCCAAGAACUAUUAACCAGGAUUAUGGUUGUGCAUAUAACUAACAUAGCAGUAACUCUAAAACCUAUGUAGUCCCCCAUUACUUCAAGUAGCCCAGUGAUUGACCAAAUUGUUCAUUUGUUCUUUUCUAGCAGGGCUUAACCCUUAGCUACUGUAUUGUAUGGUAACCCCAGGUUUUUUAUAACCUAAUUUAAAUAUUUGAUGAAUGUUAAAUUUAUAUUUGAUAUUUUGCAGAGUAUUCAGUAAAGCAGAACUCAAACGAAGGUACAUUUUUGUCAUCUUUGUGCUGAAAUGCACCAAGGCAUUUGGUUUUUUUCAUUUCAACUUGCAGUUUAAGCCAGAUACCAUGUUGACAUGUCUAUUCCUAAAAUAUUAACAGAUCAGCUUUUUGUAAUGUCUUUGAGAAAGCUAUUUGAUUUGUAUAUUUUAAAUUACAAUAUUUAAUUUUUAUAUAUAUACACAGUAAAUAUAUAAAGAAAUUACAGAAAUAUGCCAUUAAACUAUAGAUUAUAUGGUUUAAACAACAAAUGGAAAUAGAGGAGGCAGACAUGACACCUUUCUGCAUUCAUGCAACAAUAUAAUUUUGAGGCCUGUGAAAUAUAACUGCCAUAUGCCCAAAUGGGCAGGUCAUUUCCAGUCUGUGUUGAACCCUUUAAGUAUUGGGUACUCUUGACAUUUUAGUGAUAAUUAUAUUAAAACAUUGUUAGUUUAAUCAACGAAAAACCCCAUUAACAAGUUAUCAUAUAUCUACAGGACCUGCCAAUAACAAAGGAGACUAUACUAUAUGCUAUAGGCUCUAAUUUGAAAAUUAUUCAAAUUUAACUUAACAUGCUAAAAUGUUUGACUCGCAUUUUUGCGACUGCCUUCACGGUGGGAAAGCGGUAAUAAAUUGAGUUAACUUUUUUAUUUUUGUUACAAAUUGACUGUUUUCCCCAAACUUGUUUAUAAGUGAUUAAAUUUUUAAUAUUUCCUCUAAUCUGAACAAUUAAAAUAAUUUUUAAUGUUUCCUUUCCUCUAAUCUGUACUACUGUGUUAAACAAAUUAAAGUAUAAUUUGCUGGUUUUGAAACAGUUCAUCACUUUUUUCUUAUUAAUGCAUUUGAGAGCUGGUGGAUAUACCCAUUUUAUUCAGUCUUCACUUUCAAAGGUUAGCCCAGAUGCUAUAAUUAAUGGAUAUACUGUAUGUCAGAGCUGUUAGCAGGCCAAAAAUCAGUUCAGGAAAUUGUUUAAUGUGGUUAAAUAAGCAUUUUAUUUUUUAUUUUAUUUUUAGCUCGGAGAAAGUGCACAACUUUUUUUAUGGAUUUCUUGGAUGCAUAUACUGUAUCUAAGAAAUUUUGUAUCAUCGGUGACUUGUGUUGAGCUAAAUAGUCAUGCUCAUUUGAACCUAGGGGUGCUAAUUCAAAAUAUCUUGGCAUGUUGAAGUUGAAAUAGUCCAUUUUACAACUGGAUUUUGUGGUAUAUAGUAUAGGGUCUCAUUUUAUACCGGAAGACCCUUUCCUUUGUUCAUCAUCUAGAAUGUAUAGUAGCUACAUAUAUGAUUGGGAGAGAAAUCAUAAAUAAUGUAAUUAAUUCUUGUAUGAAUAAAUCUAAAAAUAUGAAUGUUUAAUUAAAAUCUUGGUUGUGUAUAGUGAUAGGCAAAUAACUUGUUUAUUUGGUGCACAGUAAAUCAUAUAAUGUGAAGAUACUGAAUGAUUGCCAAUGAUGUUUUCCUUUACUUAGUACAUCACAGAAUUUGUGCACAUUACAUCUCAUUACUUUGAGUGACUGAAAAAGACAAACUGAAAAAUUACCCCUAACUUGUAAAUAUUUACUCUACAUUAUAACAGAAGUACUGUAUAAUCUGAUGCCUUAAAAGUUACUGUAUUAUAAAUAAGACCUUAAAAUCCAAGAGAGAAAAACCAGUACUGUAUAAUGGAUCAACAUGUUUUUAGCACAUUGGGUUGGGUACAAGUUUAUUUUAAGCCAAUAUAUCAGUCCCCCCAAAUAUAUGUUACAUUGGCUGGAUUGUAUAUUAAGGUCUUGGAGAUUGUGAUGUAAAAAUUUUCAUUGUCAUGAAACUUA